CUGCUGCUGCUGCUGCUGAUGAUGAUGAUGAUGUUCUCUCGGUUCGUGUCCGUUCUCCUGCCUGUCCUCUGCCUCUCAGGUUUCGCUUCCUGCGCCGUGUUCAUUCAGCAGCCUCAUGACGUGGUGGUGGUGGCAGGGCAGCCUGUAACUCUCCCAUGCGCGAUCACCGGCUAUCAUGGCAUGGUCCUGUGGGUCAAAGACGGCCUGGCGCUCGGAGUUAAUCGGGACAUGUCAGGCUAUCCACGCUACGACGUAGUGGGCGAUCACAGCAAAGGGGAGUACCACCUUCUGAUCCAGAGGACAGAGCUCGCUGAUGAUGGAAGCUUUGAAUGUCAAGGGAUCCAGGCUGGCAUCAGGUCUCGACCUGCUCGCCUCACUGUUCUAGUUCCUCCUGACGACCCUGUGAUCAUCGGAGCGCCCGUGGUGAGUCUGAGAGCCGGUGACCCGCUCAACCUGACGUGCCACGCUGACAACGCCAAGCCGGCCGCCUCCAUCAUCUGGAUCCGUAACGGAGAGGUGCUCAAUGGUGCCAUGUACUCCAAGACGCUGUUGCGCGACGGCCACAGAGAGAGCACCGUCAGCACGCUGUACGUCUCGGCCUCCAACAUCGAGAGCGGCCAGCGCAUCACCUGCAGAGCGUCCAACAAAGCAGCUCCAAACGGCAAGGAGGCCACGGUCACCAUCGACAUCCAGCAUCUUCCUCUGGUGAAUCUCUCUGUGGAGCCACAGCCGAUUCUGGAAGGAAACCUGGUCAAGUUUCACUGCUCAGCCAAGGCAAAUCCACCUGUCACUCAGUACAGAUGGGCUAAAGGUGGCGCUGUGAUCCGGGACGCUGUGGGAGAGAUGUACGAGGUGGCUGUGGAUCACUCAUUCUUCACCGAGCCUGUUUCUUGUGAGGUCACCAAUGCGCUCGGAAGCACCAAUAUCAGCCGCAACGUCGAUGUCUACUUUGGGCCCCGUCUCGCCGCCGAACCUCAGUCCCUGCAGGUGGAUCUGGGCUUGGACGCCGUCUUUAACUGCGCCUGGAUGGGAAAUCCCUCGCUCACCAUUGUCUGGAUGAAACGCGGCCACGGUGUGGUGCUUAGCAACGAGAACACACUGACCUUGAAGGCCGUGAAACAGGAGGAUGCUGGCAAAUACGUCUGCCGAGCCGUGGUUCCUCGAGUCGGAGUUGGGGAGAAGGUGGUGACUCUGACUGUGAACGGUCCUCCCACUAUCUCCAGCACCCAGACGCAGCAGGCUCUGUAUGGAGAGAAAGGCCAGAUCAAGUGCUUCAUCCGCAGCACUCCUCCUCCAGAUCGCAUCGCCUGGUCUUGGAAGGAGACAGUCCUGGAGUCAGGAACAUCAGGAAGGUACACGGUGGAGACGGUGAGCACGGAGGAAGGCGUCAUCUCCACUCUGACCAUGAGCAACAUCGUCCCCGCUGACUUCCAGACCAUUUACAACUGCACGGCCUGGAACAGCUUCGGCUCCGACACCGAGAUCAUUCGCCUCAAGGAACAAGGGUCCCUGCGCUUGGCCGUCAUCAUCGGGGUCGCAGUGGGAGCUUUCCUGGCACUCAUCGUCCUCAUGGGGACCCUGGGGGCUUUCUGCUGCGCUCGCCUGCAGAGGAAAGACAUGCACCUGGUAAUGUCCUCACUGCCCGUCUCGCUCUCUGCUCGCCAGAGAGAACUCUCGAGCACGAUUAAGACUGAAAGUCUCAAAGGGGUCGUCUCGGCAAAAAAUGACAUCCGAGUAGAGAUCGUUCACAAGGAUCAUAGCACGGCGAGGGAGACGGAGGAGCACGCAGGCGUGAAGCAGAUGAUGAUGGAGCGUGGGGAGUUCCAGCAGGAGUCUGUGUUGAAGCAGCUGGAGGUUCUACAGGAAGAGGAGGAGGAGUUCCAGCACAUGAAGGAUCCAACCAACGGCUACUACAGCGUGAACACCUUCAAGGAGCACAACGCCACGACGUCAGCUGAAGUUCGCAACCCGUCCGGAGCAGCGACGCUGGGAAAACAGCGAGUCCCCACAGGCAUGUCCUUCACUAACAUCUACUCGACACUGGGAGCCGCACCCAACCACCGGCUAUACGACUAUGGCGGCCGCUUCGUGCUGGCCAUGGGCUCCAGCUCCAUCGAGCUGUGUGAACGUGAACUCAGCGAUUCCGGAUCCUUCCAGGACGCCCCGUGCGACAGCAGCACAAGCAGUUACUUUGACAAAGCGAGCAAGGCCUCGGCUUCGUCCUCAACGCACCACUCACAGUCGUCGUCACAGAACUCGGACCUGACACGGCCGCUGCAGAAGCGCAUGCUCACCCAUGUCUGAGGAUAAAACUCUCAAUGAACCUCACCAGGAACCACACGUUCCACCAGAAACCUUUCAGAUGUUCGGUGUUCUUUGCUUUGGAUGAAACCCAACAUGGAACCCGUCGUCGGUAUUUUUUAACAAGCAGCGUGUUUUUGUACGUUUUACUGAGCCAGUCGUUUCACACUGGCACACUGUUCACACACUUCUCAUCAAACGCCGUCCCAUGACAGUCAGGAUUCCAUCCUUAUGGUUGAUUUUUUGUUUUAACGUUUUUUGACGGACUUUUUUGAGAAGCCUGAACAUUUCUCUUCAAAUGUCAUUCCAUGACAAUCAGUGACUCCAUCUUUGUUUGUUUUUUUAAUUUGUAUACCAUUUUCUCCCAAUUUAUGGUCCUUUUCCAGUUUUUGCCCACAAGCUCACUAUCUUCACUUUUCUGCCUACAUGGGAAUCACAUGGCUGGGAUUGGCUAAUGUCGCUGUGAUUGACAUCGUGAUCGUAUGCCCCUCCCACCCGUACAGAACCCUGUCGGACUCGAGGCCUUGGCUCGCUGUGACGUCAUCAGGAUUCAAUCUCCCAGUCUCCCAGUGAAUGGAUGAAAGCUUUUGUUUUUUUAGACUUUGUUGUCGGAGCUGGAUGGCAGCCAUGCGUCUCGCGGAGAAAGAACACACAGAAUCGUCCCUGAAAUGAUUUCAUUCCUGUAUAUUCUCAUCCCUUUUUAGGUUCUUGAGCGUGGUACUUUCUUUGUGUGUUUAAAACUCAUUUUGCAAUGCAUGGCAGAUGCAGAUCAUGUGAUGUUUACAUAUCGAGGGGGAAGGAGCGCGGAACGGAGUCUGGAACCGCCUACUCAAUGUGAACUCUCUUAACUGACCUCAAGCGCUUAAUCCAAGAGUGGACAUCUUUUUUUUUUCUAUUUCAGCUUACAGUGUGUUGUUUACACUCGAGCUUGUAAAUCCCGCCUUUCCGUACGAAUUUACUGUAAUGUCGUCAGUUUGAUGGUUUGAUGGGAUUUUUGCUUCUUUGUUUUUUUAAUAUCUACAUGAGAUGAUGGAUGGAUGGAUGGAUGGAUGGAUGGAUGGAUGUUUAAGGCCACUGUUUUAAGCGAGCCAACCAUAUUAUGCCAUUUUGCCAUUUGGUCUGAGCAUCAAGUGCCUCCUUUGGGCAGCUCGAGGCGGAUGUUUGUAUAAAAAAAUCCAGUGUGAAUGAAAAUGAUCGCAGUCAAAUGACUCAGAUAAUCAUGGGUGAAAAGUAAGUGGUUAAUAAAAUCAAAAAGAAAAAAAAGUGGAUGGGAAAUGUUGCAAACUCGUCAAAGCUAUGUCAAUCAUUUUUCUGUAAAUAGACGUGCGAUCUGUCUGUACGGAGGUCACAGGUCAAAUCCGCCUUCUUCUAUCCUCAUGUCUGAUUGAUGCCUUGCCAUGAAUAGUUCAUGGACUCUGUUCUAAU